AUGAACCUGGUGAGCAAAAGUCGAGGAGUCGAUCCUCUUCUUCUUCUUCAAAACAAUCCAUCAUCUCCUUACUCCUUUUCUCCGACUCAGACGCCGUCCACCUACCGCCGCCGUGUUCGCCACCCUCUCCACCGACAAAUAGAAAGCCUACUGUCUGAUUUCCUGUUUUAUCUUUUUCUAUUUUAUCAAACUAUCUGCUUCGAUUUGCCGCCAGUCAAUCCGCGCCUGUUCGACGAUCAACUGGCGAUCGCAUCAUUUGCUAAGGUGAAAUUUGGAUUGCCACUGUCUUUUACAUUCAGUUCUUUUCGCACUGUAAAAGGCAUGCAGAACAGUGGCAGUCUUCCCAAGAGCAAUUCCUUAAAAACCCCUCAACAAUCACUUCGUCGCCUCAACUUUUGCUCUCAAAUAUCAACUGGUCAACAAACUUCUCCUGUUGUCUUCCCUGAGAAACGUACAAAAGGAAAAGUUUCAAAACGAAGUGAUGUCAGUGCCAACAACAAUGAUUCCAAGAAUUCAAAGAGGGAAGAACACAAGAUUGAUAUUGGAGAUGAACAAUCUGACUUACUGGGAUACGAGGUCAUUUCUGGAAAGCUAGUUUUGGAUAAAAGAAAGACCAUCAAAGCUACUGAUUCACAAAACUCAACAGAAACCUCACACCUGGAUUCCAUUGAUGCUAAACUAACAAGCAGAGCUUUGGUUUGGGGUUCUCAUGUUUUAACCCUUGAUGAUGUCAUUUCAGUGUCAUACAGCUAUGGGAUGAGACAUUUUAUAGUACAUUCAUACCCUAUAAAAAAGCGAUCCUACAGUCUUUCUUGUUUCUUGAAAUCUGGAAGAAGUAGGAAAGAUUUUUGCUUUUUAGCUUCUACACCAGAUGAAGCUUUUCAAUGGGUUACAGGGUUUGCAGAUCAGCAUUGUUUUGUGAAUUGUUCACCUCACCCUAUGGUAUCUUCAAAGAAACAAGAUUCUGAAAUAUUGGCUACUGAUUUUUCUUAUAGACAUAUUAAAAGUAAAAGUCCACCUAGGAUGCUUGUUAUCUUAAAUCCUAGGUCUGGACGUGGUCGCUCCAGUAAAGUUUUUCACAAUUUGGUUGAACCUAUAUUUAAGCUUGCAGGGUUUAAGCUUGAGGUGGUGAAGACAACAUCUGCAGGCCAUGCUAGAAAUCUAGCUUUCAGUGUUGAUUUCAGUACAUGUCCUGAUGGAAUUAUAUGUGUGGGAGGUGAUGGAAUUGUGAAUGAGGUUUUGAAUGGUCUUCUUUGUAGAGAUAAUCAGAAAGAAGCAAUUUCAAUUCCAAUUGGAAUCAUUCCUGCUGGCUCUGAUAAUUCUUUAGUGUGGACUGUUCUUGGAGUUAGGGAUCCAGUUUCUGCUGCUUUAGCUAUAGUCAAGGGUGGUCUCACUGCUACAGAUGUAUUUGCUGUCGAAUGGAUUCAAACCGGUGUCAUUCAUUUUGGAAUGACCGUUUCCUACUUCGGUUUUGUUAGCGAUGUAUUGGAACUAUCAGAAAGAUACCAAAAGAGAUUCGGUCCGCUCCGUUACUUUGUGGCAGGAGUUUUGAAAUUCCUCUGCUUACCAAAAAUACACGUAUGA